GGGCUCGCUUGACGGCAGACGAGCAGACCCUUUACGUGACGUUUGCGACAUCACACGACACUUGUCGGCACCCCUCCACUGUACUUAACCGGCCUCGCUUGACGGCAGGGGAGCAGCUUCUUUACGUGACGUUGGCGACAUCCCUCGGCGCUUGACGGCACCCAUUCACUGUGUCGCGAACCUCAUUGCGCGACGUUUGCGACAGUCGGCGGCGCUUUACGCCCGGGGGAUGUGUGGGGCGGGCAGUGUAGGCCCGAACCGGGUGCGGGUGCCGGUUCCGGUCCGUCCGUGACCCGGUGCCCCCGUGACCUCCCGGUGACCCCCCGGUGCCCCCGUGACCCCCGGUUCCGGUUCCGCCAUGCACGAUGCCGUUGUCGGUACCGUGGCCGUUUCCGGCGGCGCCGCCUCUGUCCUGGUCCCUCGCGAGCCGCCUCGUGACCGGCCUGGUGGGCACGUACAGCUGCGUGUGGACACGGUACCUGAACCGCCUGCGGGUUCACAACGCUGAGGUCCUGCACCAGCUGGUUGAGGGCCGCGGGCCCCGCACCCCCCUGCUCACCCUGUCCAACCACCAGUCCUGCAUGGACGACCCCCACCUCUGGGGUUCCCUGAAGCUUCGCCACGUUUGGAGCCUGCACAAGAUGCGCUGGACCCCCACGGCCGCUGACAUCUGCUUCACACGGGAGCUGCAUUCGCUCUUCUUCAGCCUCGGCCGCUGCGUCCCAGUGUGCAGGGGGGAUGGCGUUUACCAGCGCGGGAUGGAUUUCAUCCUGGACAAGCUCAACCAAGGGGACUGGGUGCACAUGUUCCCUGAAGGCAAAGUGAACAUGGGGCAGGAGUUCGUGCGCUUCAAGUGGGGCAUCGGGCGUCUCCUGGCCGAGUGCAGCCUCGACCCAGUCGUCCUGCCCCUGUGGCAUGGGGGCAUGAACGACGUCCUGCCCAACACCCGCCCCUACGUGCCCCGUGUGGGGCAGCGGAUCACAGUGGUUGUGGGGCGACCGUUCAGCGUCCGGCCCCUACUGGAGCGGCUGAGGGCUGAGGGCACAUCAACGCUGGAGAUAAGGAAAGCGCUGACGGACUUUGUGCAGAGGGAGUUUGAGGCGCUGCGGGGCCAGGCCCGGGUGCUGCAUUGCGCCCCAUAGCCUGCACUGUGCCCCAUAGAGGAGCAGAUGGGUCCGCCCCACACCCAGGGGGCUGCGCCCCACAGGACGGCGGCCCCAUAACUUCGCGAUGGACAGACUGCCCCAUGGCCCUGCAGCACUAUGGGGCGCAGGUGAAGGACAGAGCAAUGGACAUCCUGCCCCAUAGCGCGCCCCACACCCACUGCCUGUGCACGGUGCCAAUAAAGGGGGUGAACCUCAGUGGGCUCCGUUUUGGGGGGCAGAGGACACAAA